AUGGUAUUUGGAGACUGUACAUGCGAAUAUGAGGACACAAAGCACAACAAAGAAGCUGCACUUAAGUACAAACUAGGUUCCAUUGCUUCCAUUCUUGUUGCUGGUGCUGUUGGGGUCAGUUUGCCAUUGCUAGGCAAGAAGAUCCCAAUUCUAAGGCCCAAAAACGACAUCUUCUUCAUGAUCAAGGCCUUUGCAGCCGGCGUCAUUCUUGCAACUGGGUUCAUUCACAUACUACCAGAUGCAUUUGACAACUUGACUUCAUGA